UACAUAAAAUACCUAUAACAUUAUGAACAUUACUCGUGUAUAGUGUAGUAUUAAUUAAAGAAUAAUCUGAUAAAAUUAUACACCAAUUAUCACUUGUAUUUAUUAACAAUAUAUGACAUUUGGACUUUCCUAUCAAUUUCAAAUUAUUAUAUUCAUCACACAGUCGACGUACGCACUCAAGUUAUUUCCUAUUGUAUUAAAUUAUCAUAUAAGUAUUCCUUCAAUAAUGCAGUUAAAAUAUUCAUUAAUAUUAGUUUUGUUUUGUCUUCUAGUGCACGUUUUAGGUGAAACUGUGUAUUCAGAUGAUAUGGACCAUGUGAUAAAUUUAUUACUAAACAGUGGAAGUAUUGAUGCGGAUAGCAGUGAUUCUGUGAUUUAUGACAAUGACAAUAAAAUAAUAUUCUCGGAAGGUUUAUGGAAAUGUGGCGAUUGUUCAGAUUCAAGUGUUAAAAAUCCUAUUUAUAGUGAAUCUUAUGACGUGGAUGCAAAUUAUGAAGACGAUAUGGAAUUUCAGUUCGCACUGUCUAUUGAAAACGCGCGAUGCGUGACGAUUUCUGCCGAUGACACGUGUCUUGUUCAAGUGAAAUCUGGCAACUGCAUCGGCGAUAGCGUCACUUUCAGUGCUUCUGGGGCCACUCAUUAUGACGUCACCGCUUAUUAAUGUAAUGAUUUUAGUUGCAUUAAUGUGGUAUUAAUUUAUUUAUUGUUAUUACUGUGAAAUUAUUCGUUUAAUACUAUAGGUGAGACAAACUAAAUAAAAACGUAACAGGCGAUCGCUACCAAGCGGUUUCUGCAAGAUAUCAUUUAGUACAGAAGAAACAAUAACUUUUAUUUAUAUGAAGACUAGAGGAGUAAGACAGUAAUAUACAGUAUAAAAUUAUAUGGAUUAUACUAUGCAAAACAUAAUUAUAGUACAUCAAAAUGAAUAGUUUGUUCCCACAUGUACAUUGUACAUGGCUCAUAAUUUAAAAUGAAUAAAUAAAUUGUUUAUACCGGCAAAACAGUUGGUAGGUACAAGCUCGACUUUUUUUAACAAAAUAGCACAUAUAUAUGUCGUUAUUUUAUUAUUUUGACUUUAAGAAAAUUUCAAAUUCUGAUUUUAAGGGAUUCUCAGUCAACUACUGUGACGCAAUGGGCAAUGGCAAUGGGGUUACUUUUAUCUUCUUAAGAUAAUUGAUUAAGAACUGCAAAACGCAUUCAUUCAAGACGAAGUCAUUAUAUAUCAGCUUGUUAAUAAUACAGAUAUAAAUACAAAUGAAAAUAAACUAAAAUACAUUUAAAUUUAUUUCAAAAACCUACAAAACAAUCCCCGGCGUAACUCCGCCAACUACUCAGCAGUAAACUUGUUCAAAACAACUAGAAUUCCACAACAAAGCAGAUUAAUUUAUGUUCAGAUAUUUAGUAUCAAGAAAUGAUUUAUUUUCCAGGUGGUUAAAUUUAGGUUUAAUGUAUUAACUGAUGAUAUUGUAUGCUGCG